AUGGGCGACUUUGAUCUGUCCAGGGAAUUCAUUCCCGCCCUUCACAAACCUUCCUCCUUGCUGCCCAUCGCCCGUCAUCGCAAAAGCCUUCUUUACCUGGUAGAGACAUAUCCUGUGGUCAUUGUCGUUGGCCAGACUGGAUCCGGUAAAACAACUCAGAUUCCUCAGUUUUUGCAUGAGGCAGGAUGGUGCGGAAACGGCAAAAUGAUUGCUGUCACUCAGCCCCGUAGGGUUGCUGCAACUACUGUGGCCGCAAGAGUCGCCGAAGAGAUGAGAUGCAAUCUUGGCCAAGAGGUUGGAUACUCGAUUCGGUUUGAGGAUGUGACCUCAGCGGCCACAAAAAUCAAGUUCCUGACAGAUGGUCUCUUACUAAGAGAGGCUCUUGUAGACCCUCUACUAUCGCGCUAUUCUGUCAUCAUGGUGGACGAAGCCCAUGAGCGUUCCCUCAGCUCGGACAUCCUACUCGGCGUCUUGAAAAAGAUCAGGAAACGCCGACCAGACUUGAGAAUAGUUGUCAGUAGUGCAACCCUGCAAGCCGAAGAUUUCCUGGACUUUUUCGUUCGCGACGAAAGUGUCCCAGAGGAUGCAGCCAAGACUGAUGAACCUGGUGGUGAUAUUGGUCGCAUCGUCAACCUUGAAGGCCGCAUGUUCCCCGUUGACAUCCAUUAUCUGACCGCUCCUGCUGAGGACUAUGUGGAACGCGCCGUACAGACUGUAUUCGACAUCCACACACAAGAGGGUGAAGGAGACAUACUGAUCUUCCUUACUGGUCGCGAGGAGAUCGACACAUGCAUGUCCAUGAUCGCUGACCGCAUCCCUUCACUACCGAAGGGAUCACAGGCGCUUCAGCCGCUACCGCUGUACGCCGGUCUGUCGACCGAACAGCAAAUGUAUGUUUUUGAGCCCGCGGCAGAAGAAACUAGAAAGGUUAUCGUCGCUACAAAUAUCGCAGAAGCUUCAGUCACCAUAUCUGGAAUCGUCUUCGUCAUCGACUCUGGUUUUGUCAAGCUAAGAGCUUUCAACCCUCAAACUGGCAUCGAGACUCUAACAGCGACUGCGGUGUCCAAAGCCGCAGCGACUCAGAGAGCUGGUCGAGCUGGUCGUACAAAACCUGGAAAAUGCUAUCGCCUGUACACGGAGGCUGCAUACAACUCUCUGGAAGAUGCUUCUGUACCCGAGAUCCAAAGAAGCAAUCUUGCGCCUGUCAUCUUGCAACUGAAAUGCUUGGGUAUUGACAACAUCGUCCGCUUCGAUUAUUUAACGCCACCGCCAUCCGAACUUGUUGUCAGAGCUCUGGAAAUGCUAUACUCUCUUGGAUCGUUGGAUGACUACGCAAGACUGACAAAACCACUGGGCACUCGUAUGGCAGAGCUGGCUGUGGAACCCAUGAUGGCAAAGGUUCUACUUUCGGCACCAGACUUUGGCUGUCUCAGUGAGAUGUUGACAAUCGCUGCUAUGACGACUUUGCAGGGUGCAGUGUGGUUCACACACGAUGGCGAGAAGAAAGCAAUGGAGUCCUCAAGGUGGAAAUUCGCUGUUGCAGAAGGCGAUCAUCUGACAAUGCUCAACGUGUAUCAGGCCUUUGUCACAAAAGGUAAAAAGGAAGCAUCAUGGUGUCGCAACCACCAUCUCAACUUCAAGAGUAUGACAAAAGCUGUCAGCGUCAGAAACCAGCUCAAGCGAUACAUGGAACGAUUCGGCGUCAACGUGGAUGAGAGCUUGAGCUCGAAAAGCGUAUUGACGGUAGGAGGACCAGAUAAAGCAGAGCAGAUUCGACGAUGCUUGACAUCAGGUUACUUUGUGCAUGCUGCAAGAAUGCAGGCGGACGGAACGUUUCAGACAGUUGAUGGUAGUAUGACACUCCAUGCCCAUCCUAGCUCUUUGAUGUUUAACCGCAAGGCAGAUUGGGUCAUCUUCCACGAAGUGAUGCAAACAGGAGACAAGACAUUCAUCAGAGACAUUACGAAGAUUGAAAAAGAUUGGCUCACAGAGUAUGCGCCGAUGUAUUACCAGAUACGCAAGUAG